AACGCUUCGCGGGUACAGUGGUGAAGAAGACACGGGCGAGGUUGCGCGAGCUUCUCCGAGACAUUUAUGUGAAAGAGAUUGGCCCGUCGUGGGGUUGACGUCUUUAAUUUAUUAUCACAAUAAAUCAUUUGAUUAAUCAGAACAAUCGUGAACAAUUUAUAUUUAUAAUAUUUAUAUCAUAAGUAAUUUAUAGAGAGAGGCCCCUGCCAGCAGAGUUCAUUGUCAAUGGAGGUUAAUAAUGCAGUGAAAAGCAAAAUUAAUGUGGAUACAAAUGGAGCAAGACCGGCCUUUGAUCGAUUUCAUAGUUCAGGACCAGACUCCUACUUUUCCACCUAUAGGCCUCAGAAUAAUUUCAGUGAUAGCGGAUUCUUCAAUUCGUUCUCGGACAGAGCGAUGCAAGACUGCGCACCACUACCUUAUACAGUUUGGCCAACUCAGGAAGACUGUAAAUCAGUGGAUUGGCCUCAAGUCAUGCCCAAUAGCAGAAAUCUAAUAGAUGCCAGUAAUUGUGGGAGUGAGGCUGAUCUUUAUGGAUUAGUGUCAGACAUCUUGGAAGAACCAGAUUCACUGGACCCAUACUCCUCAUACGUCUCAGAGAAAAAGUUACCAUCUAAUCUGAAAGGUGUCUGGUCUCCAAACUUACCAAGAGAGGAUAGCAUGCAGUACCUAAAUAAUGAGGUGCAGAUGCCGCCCAUUUCUGGAUUCCCAUCAAACCAGAUUUGUCCUAAACCCAUCACCAAUGUCUGUCCUCAGACAGCAAUCAGAGAAUCUCAUCAGUGGGCAGAACUUCAGAAUUUCAAUGGUUUUGAUUCUUGUUCACCUCCCUGCAAUUUCACCUCCUGUAAUGGAAAGGCUGAUGCAUACUGUCCUCAAGAUCUCCCUCGCCCCCCAGGCCUGAACACACCCCCAGCGUUACGCUCUAACCUCUACCAGACCAGGGCAGGUAAACCUGAGUAUAUUACACCCGAGAAGGAUGAAGAAUACCGCAGCACCACUAACUGUCUGUCUGAUUAUAUAAACACAGUCAACAACUUCUGUUGCCCUCCACAAAAAAUGGAUGAGUCCUAUUUCAGUUCAUCUCAUGAAUUUUCAACUGUAAGCAAAGAUAAACUGAGAAACACCCAAUCUUUCUCUGUGCAGGAUGUCAGUAAACUGGCCUUUCUCUUGGCAGAGCAGGAUAUGAACUACUGCAGAGAAUCCACUCAGAAUGGGCUUUUAACUCAGAGAAAUCCCGAGGAAAUCAUGGCAGAGCAGAAGAGUUAUCCUUUUCAAAGGAUGUCAGAGCUUAUUACUCAAACACCAAAUUUUAAGAGAGAGGUGACCCGCAACCAUUUGGAGCAAAUAGGAUCUAAAGCGGAGGAUAUAAAGACUCUUUUACAAAAUCAUUAUUCUACAAAUGAAUUUUCAGGGUUUGCGCCACCUAAACCUUAUUCAUCUACUGUCGCACCUUCAACCUUGCACCCAAACAAAGAAGCCAUUCCGAUAGGAAGCAGCACAGCUCAAACCGGUGUAAAGCAGUUCCAGCCUGUCCAGUCAAACCAUUAUCAAAUCCAAGCUAACAUUUCAGCAAAGACCAACAGCAACAAUGGAUCACAUAGGUUUGCAAAGCUCGCAUCCACAUCAGGAGCUUUUCCAUUACUUCCUUCUCAGCAGUUGUUCCGGACUGCAGCGAGAGUCCCGGCUGAUUUGAGUCAAGGGAAUGCAGUAAAUCAGCAUGGUGCAAUAGGCCAGGUUAGUCUUGAAAGUUUAAGGAAGGGAGUAGGAAAUGUGGACGUUACGGAUUUUGACUUCCAGCUAGAGAACAACAGGUCGUCGGCAGGCCUUAUGGUCGAUGGGCAUUUUAGUCAGCGAUUAAGCAUGAAACCCAAACUUCCUGGUUUCCUGACAGAGGCAGACAAAAAAACAGGACUCCUGCAAAGUCCAUACCAGGGGCUGGGCAGUAUGUAUGGAGGACAAAUGAGAUACAACGGAGUUAGCUCAAACUCAGCCAAAGCCACUCCAUCACAACUUUUCCCUUUCCAGUAUCAGAUGGGUGAUCUCAGAAAACGUGCACGCCACCCAAUGCAGUCGCAACCCCCACUGCCCUACUGCUCUAUGCCCCUCGUCGACAGGAAUGAAGGUCAGCCUGAUGGAGAUAUUUCACCCUUUAGCCCCUACCUACAAGAAUAUAUUGGGCUAAGCCAAGCGUCAGGAGAUGGGUCAUUUCCAGGGUUUCUAUCUGCCAUGAGUUUGCCCAAGUUUGGCAAGGCACUCGGAAGCCCCAACAGUCAGCUACACUUUUACCUGGAGGAAUGUUACGAGCAGUGGAGGAUGCUGGAAAGAGAGAGAAAGAAUGCAGAAGCUGUUCUUACAAAGACUUACCCAGGAAAGCAUGUGUCUUUGGUGUCCAGUAGCGUUUUACACAGAAUGCCUCCAAACCCAUCCAGAGUGGACAGGCUCAUUGUAGACCAGCUGCGGGAACAAGCCAGGGUGGCAGGUUUGCUAGGCAAGAUGGAACAGUUGCGGAGUUUUCCGCUUCAUGCUAAUAUUGGAUCAGCAUUGGACAGGCAUCUUGAGGUCAUCUACAUCACUCAGGCACGCCGCAAGGACGAGUUCAUCAAUGCUAGCAGCAGACAGAGGCAGCAGGCGGCCUUCUUUAGAGAGGACAGGGAGAUAAUUCUGCUGGCUUCUGCUGUGAAGGACAUGUGCAGCAGCACCAGAAAGGCCCGAACUGCUCUUUGGUGUGCAUUACAAAUGACUUUGCCCAAAACAAGCGGUUACCUAGAGGAGGGACACGCGAAAGGUGCCUGCUCCCCUUUAGGCCCAGAGAGUCCUGAGCAGAGCAGUUUGGAGAGAGCACUAACUACCCUGUGAUCACUUUCUGGCAGGUAUAACAGUCUUUGUGUGUGUGUUUUCCGACACAAAGUAAUAUCGAUCUAACCUGUCCAAAAAGGCAUAAGAGGUGAUAGAAUUGCAUUUUUAGAGGAAUGAAUGAGUUAUUUAAGUUAUUCCACUAUAGUGAUACGUUAGGCUCAGUUGUGGGCAGCAGAUGGAAUUCCAGUUCAUUAAUAUUUAUCAGUCUUCAGUGAAAAACACCAAUCAGAUUAUAAUCAAAUUCUCCAAAUUACAUAGAAUUAUGGCAGUAAGAUCAGUAUUCAGCUAUUUGUCCAAGGACCCCAGAAGAACUGCCAGUAAAAACAAGGCUUUUUGAGAGAGUAUGAAAGAUUGAUUCAACAACUGUCACAGUAAGAGAGAUGAAAUCAGAAGAAGGACCUUUUAACUGGCUAAUGUUGAUAAUGGUACAGAAUGUGCGGCAAGAGUAAGAUCUGUGGCUUUGGAGGAUAAUGGGAUAUUUUUGCCCA